CGUUGGCACAGCAACGGACCCCCACGUGACAUGACGUGUGGGAACGGGAAAAGCCGCUAACAAUACUGAUUCGUUUUAGAUGAUAGCGGGCUGGCUUGAGCUGAAUGUGAGGUGGUAGAUAUACAAGUUAUACAGCUCUCUCAGAGCUCAUAUAUCCAACAAAAAUGCGAGGCCAAUUGCCCUUAACGAGAGCGGCGCGAGGACUGCGGCUGCGGGCAUUACCUUCGUAUACUUGCACUCAGUGCAGGAGUAUUCAGAUCAGCGCUGCGCCGAGCACUGAAGCGCCAAAGGUUGGAGCUGAUGCCUUUGGAGCUCUCGAGACAAGGGAUCCUGCGGAUGCUCGAUUCGAGGUUCUCGGCUCACCAUAUUCGCUCCUUUCUGUGACGUUGUCGGCAUCGCAGAAGCUCUAUACUCGGAGGGGUACCUUGGUUGCUGUAGCCGGCAAGCCUGAAAAUGCCCAGUCCACACUCUCGAUCCUUAACCCGACCACACGAGCCUUUCUCGGCGUACCCUUUCUUUACCAGCGCAUCUCAGCCACGACACCCAUCACAGCCUUGAUAUCGACGAAAUCACCUACAACCACUUUUACAGUUCUCCACCUUGACGGAACGACAGAUUGGAUGAUCUCACAGAGGAAUGCACUGUUGGCUUGGACAGGACACACUCUUGCGCCCUCGGCGCGCAUUCAGAGCAGCCUCACACUAGCCCAUUGGGGCAACACACUUCUAACAGGACGAGGUCUCGCCGCUCUAUCAGCACCAGGGCAAAUCUACGAGCUCACUCUCAAAGAGGGAGAGGAGUUUGUCGCGCAUCCCGGAAGUGUUGUCGCCUAUUCGAUCAGCCGAUAUCCGCCACAGCCUUUCCGCUUUAAGAGCAACAGCCUACGACUCCAGGUGCCCUCGCUAUCGAGAUGGAUCUCAGAGCCUGAAUGGGUGAAGACUGUGCGUAACUCGGAGGUAUGGAAGUACCUGGCAAGAGCUCUCUAUAGCAUGCGAACAGCUACUCGACGAACCAUCUGGGGUGAUCGCCUUUUCCUCCAAUUUCAUGGUCCCACGAAGAUCCUCAUGUCUAGCCGAGGAGUGCGCGCUUCAGACGUUCUCACUAACAAGCAAGUGAAUGAGAUUGCUGAUGCCCAGCCCGGUGUUCUGGCAGAAGCUCUCGACUUGAAAAAUAAGCCCAAGCUGACUGACGGUGCCGAGACCAAGCCUGCCCCUGUCAAGGCUGUUGAGCCAGAAGUGGAAGACAAGUUAGUGACGGGAAUUCACGUUGCCACAGUUGAGAAGGAUGGCAAGGUAAAAUUCGAGGACAACAAGGAUCUCAAGGAGUUCAUACGAUAAGAAUGUGCAGACGAGGGGCAAUGUGAUAUGAGCGAACGAUGUUGCAGAGCAUGAAAUAAAAAAGGAGGCAAACGAGCAGGAGAUUUUUACACAACACAACGUUUUGUUUGUCAUGUAUGAUUACUUCCCUACUUAUACUAUCCAUUAUAGAGUUGAAGCUUUUAUGUAUCAAUAUCGAGACGUUCUAAGAGCUGUUA